UAUCAUAAUUUGCGCACAGCCGCGAAACGCCAAGCGUUGUUGUGCUUUAUUCGUGGAUCGAGUCGGUACGUAUACCAACGCCGGGAAUUAAUGUACCCCGCGUUUUACAAAGAAAGGGGACGAAGUCAUCGACGAUGCCGCAUCAGGAGAUGAGAAUCUUGCACAACGGUGACAGCAGCGGCAGCAGCACCAUGACCGUGAAGCGCGGUCGCGACAUCGACUGGGCCCGGUUCGGGCUGCGCAGCGAUGGUGCCGACGGAGGGGCCUUCGACGAGUCGACAGGACAGAGCGGCCGAGCCCCCGGAAACCCGGGCGGGGACGAGCUCUUCCACCAAGACCUCAGUGCCAAGGCAAAGCCCUGGUGGUCGGCCAACUUCUUCGUCUCGGAGCCGGUGCUAUUCGGCACCUGGGACGGCGUCUUCACCACGUGCAUGAUACACCUGUUCGGCGUCAUCGUCUUUCUGCGAUCCGGAUGGAUAGUGGGCAACGCGGGCGUCGAGCACGCCCUGCUCAUGGUGUUCGCCACGGUUGGCGUGUGCACCCUGGCCGUGCUGGCCGGCAUCGGAAUCUGCGAGCGGUGCCACCUCGAGUCCGGCGGACUGCACGUGCUCCUGUCGCACAUUUUGGGCGUGCGCGUGGGCGGAGCCGCAGCACUCAUCUACUGCUUCGGACAGGCGGUGAGCAGCGCCCUGCACGUGAUGGGCUUUGCCGAGUCCAUGGGCCAGCUGCUGAAGAUGGAGGAAGACCCGUGGCUGCAGCGGGGAAUCGCCUCGGCGCUUGUCCUCCUGCUGCUUGGGAUCAACGUGGCGGGCGUCAAGUGGGUCGUUCGCCUCCAGUUUGCUCUCCUCAUCAUUUUACUCAUGGCCGCCCUGGACUUCGCCGUGGGAACUUUCGUCCGCUACGACUCAGAGCACGGCGUGACGGGCUACGAUCUGGCGACCCUGAAGAACAACAGCUUCCCUCGGUACGGCGAUGGUCAGAACUGGUUCACCGUGUUCGGCGUCUUCUUCCCGGCCAUGACGGGCGUCUUCGCCGGCAUCAACAUGAGCGACGACCUCAGGAACCCCGUGCAGGACGUGCCCGUGGGCACGAUGGCCGCCAUCGGAACGUGUUUGUUCCUGUAUCUGGUAUUUGUCCUCGGUCUGGGAAGCACGUGCCAGCGCUGGGCUCUCACCACGGAUUACCUCAUCGCCGAAAAGGCGUCCGCUAUCGGCGUCAUGGUGCUCUCCGGCCUGUACAUCUCUUCCAUGUCAGCGUGCCUAGGGGCUCUGUACCUGACGCCUCGCAUUCUCCAGAACAUGGCAAACGACGGAAUCCUCCCUUUCAGCAAGCAGCUAAGCAUCGGAAAGGGGCCCAACAAGGUUCCCGUGGUGGCGCUGGUGCUGUUCGCGUUGGUCACGUUCCUGUUCAUCCUGGCGGGCCAAGUGAAUACGUUGGCGCCGCUGGUCACCAUCCCGUUCCUGCUGACGUACGCGUGCGUCGAGUACGCCUACUUCUCCAUGGCCAUGACCUACGACAUCCAACGCAGGCGCAACGAACGCUUCCGCCAGCAGGCGGCCAUCAUCCGGGCGCAAACGACAGACAAAACCAGCUACGGGGCGCUUGGCGACGCCAAGGUUCCCACGAGCGACUUGGACCAGCUGUUUCCAGAACGCGUUCACGACAAGACGGCCAUACCACGCGACCACAGCAGCGUAGCCACGUCAGAAUCGCCGGUGACAUCACCAGACGAGCACAGCUCCAUACGGAGUGCGGAGAGUAGGGAUUCGAACGCCGACCAACCAAGGGACCAGCCGGAGUCCUGCAUUACUGACAAGACUCACCUCCUCACUAAAGGCCGGGGACCAUGGCCCGAGAUAUCAAAGAAAUCAAACACCUGGUAUGCGAAACUGUGCAAUCGCUGGAUUGUAGUGCUUGGGAUCUUCGUGAAAUUGACAAUUAUGUUCCUCGUGCAAUGGGCCUAUGCACUGGCAUCCAUCUUUCUACUGAUCUUCCUUUGGCUCUGCAUUGGAAGGACCAAGCCAGGAGCUUUUCCAGGGGUCACAGAGUUCAAACUGUUCCCAUGGCUGCGCUAUCUAUUCCUGCGUUGCAUAGGGAAGAAGCCCACAGACUAUGAACAAAUAGUGGUGGCGCCCGCAUGCCCCGGAGUCUCAACAAUGGAGUCUCAGCUGAAUGACGAAAAUGUCGAUUAUGCAUCGCGGCACCGAUACCACCACUCUACCACCCUCCAAACGUCGUCACAUUUCCAGCAACAUUCCGACGACAGUGAAUGAGCCACAUGGACUUCAGGCAUUGCAAAGAAUCUUUAAGUGGCUGCUUUUAAGGACAUACUGAAAAACCACUCUGCCAUUCCUUCCCACAGGGCAAGAUCACAAGCUAACACCAAGCAACAGAAGCAUGACCUUUGUUCAUUCCGAGGUUACAAAUGAUUAGCUCAAUGUUGAAGGCAUUUUAUGUGCAUGAGCCACAGGAGGAUAGACAACAUGCAGAAGCCCACAAGCAAGCUCCCCACCUCCCCAUCACUGGAAUGCUGCUGGUAGCAUACCCCAAGUAAAACUGAAAGCGGGGCCAAUGUAGAUCCAAUGCAAUCCAACAGUGGACCUAUAUUGGCCUUGUUUCUUGUUUUGUUAGGGAUGAUAGAACUGUUAAUCAAAGAAUGCUUGCUUAAACUAGCACACCAGCCGCAACAAGCGGGAAGAUGUACAGUUUGUGGAACCUUUAACAGUGACAAGUGGGUGUGCUAAUUGAAAAGAAUUUAAUAGGGAUGAUAGAACUGUUAAUCAAAGAAUGCUCGCUUAAACUAGCACACCAGCCGCAACAAGCGGGAAGAUGUACAGUUUGUGGAACCUUUAACAGUGACAAGUGGGUGUGCUAAUUGAAAAGAAUUUAAUACUCUGCCUUCUGAAACCCACUGCCUGUGUCAGUGGACAUCACUUCGUCUAGAAUAACGAAAUGGCACUGAAUAGAAUAAAGUGGCACAUAGCACCCAAAAGUUCUAAUAAACAAAACAGAGGCAUGUGAUUAUUAAGCCACAUGUACGUACAAGUACUUGCGCUCCGUGUUCUGCACUUGAAGUGCACAAUGUGCCACCAUCUCAGCAACAUUCCAGCCAGUUGAACAUAGCCCCCAGAGUUCUGCAUGUCAUCUGCUGUCAUUCCACUGGCCUACUUGUAGUAAGCCCUAGUCAUUUGUUACCCAUCGCGUGCUUCUCUAAUUGCUGCAUGACUGACCAAGACGGCAAAGGCUAAGCCACGCUUACACACCACUGUGGAACACAAUCUCACCUCUUUAACAAAACAAAAGCAUAUAGAUUUAACAUCAAACUAUUAACAAGCUUCCAAAGCUGUUCCAGGAAUAGUGUGAUGUGCAAACUCAUCACCCUUUCCUACACUUUGAAGCAAUGUAACAUAUUUUCCUAAACCUUUCUUAAAAUGCAAGAGGAAUAGUUAUGCUAUGGUAUGUGUGACAUGCGUUGAUUAUAUGCGCAAAAUGUAAUUAGCAUGCGCCCCAAUGGGACAAUCGAGGCUAAAGCUACUUUGAAUGCGCUCCCCCAUACUCCUAUUUAUUCCAAUUUCUCAACAAUACAGAAAUACAAAACAGCUUUGAUGCUCUAACAAAGAACAAGCAACAAUGUUUUUAUGCAUGUAAUGCCUGCAGUUGAAAAAAAAAAGAAAGAAACAUGCGAAGUGGCAGUCAAGGCAGCAUUUUGGUAACGCAGACAGUGUACUGCUUCUACUCAUGUACAAUGCACCUCAGAGCCCAUAAUGUGUCAAAGUCUGUGCGAGUAUGAUGUAUGUUACUGAAAUGGGACAGUCCACUCCUACUGUGCAAAUGACAAUGGCUUUGUGCGACAAAAAAAAAAAAAAAAAAAAAGAGAAGUGAUACGUUGAAUAAAUUAUGUUUACGUUGUCA